AGGAAGUAGACUUCAACAAAUAGCACUGGUAAGAGUUUUAGCAAAUGUUUGAAUGAGACGACACAAAGAAGUUAGCUUGGUGAGCACUCUGGUGGUCUUAAGAUCACGACUCCUGCUCCCAGUCAGCCAACCUGGAUCCUUAGGCAGUAUCUGGUCUGCACUGGUUUGAGACCCACCAACCUUGCUGUCAGCCUGAGCGUCCUCUUUCCGGGUCUUGGACGAACCCAGAACCGAUUUGCUGUGCUCCUGUAUUGCUUUAUCGUCGUUCUUUUGGCAACGUUCUUCUUUGGCUCUAGAAUGAAACCUUCUAGAUUUGUCCUUACAGGCUUCCAUGCUGUCUUGGACUGGACUGAUCUUCCUUCGUUCCUGGUGUGAGGAGGUACAACUCAAAGAUGAAGAAGCCUCAGAUAUUCUGUGGGAGCUAUCAAGUUUCUUGUAGUCCAAGCAUGGAGGUUUGUGGUCUCCAGCGGAGUGUUGCCGUUUGUCUUUUGAACUGUGUUCCUGGUGUGAAUUUAAGAUGAGAGACCUCUCAGGUAAGCUGAGCUGAUCCAAGACAGGUGAGACAUAUCCUGGUCGGAUUUGAGAUUUGCAUUUGUCCAUUUUUUGUCUCGGACUGACUGACAGCUCCUCUUGUAGACCGGAAUACGGCUGGGAUGUUCUGAAGAAUUUACCUCCGAUAUUUGGACUGACUGAUCUCAGUGACUCAGUCUGGGACGGUGUCGGAGAAGGAGUUUGCCGUCCCACAGAAAUCUCAGCAGAUGUCAUGGCAGAGGAGCUUCUCCCGCCGUUACCAGCACUGGUCACAUGACUGCUUUUGUUCCUUGGGACCUCAUGCUGGAUAUCUGUAGGUCUUCCAGCAGGUAAAGGAGCGUGGAAUCUGCUGCACAUUCUGGGACUGUUUUCCCUCGACCAGGAUGACUGAUUCUGCGGAGGGUUGCAAGAAUGCAGUCUUGGAGUUGAAGAUACCGCGUGGGACGGAAAGCCAGUGUGUGCGCACAGAUGAUCAGUAGCGGGGCUUCUCGGCAAUCCAUUGACGGACUUCUGACAAACUCUCCUGUCGAGGUCUCGGAGAUGAGAAUUGGACGGCAAGGUGAGCGUGAUGCGUGGCUGGACGGGUGAUUCUUCCCAUGAGUGACAGGUAGGUGACAUAUAGUUUCGCGGUAAUGUUGGGCUGUUGUUCUCUUGGCUGCGACUUGAAUAGCGACGCCUCAGUUCCGGCGAUCCGAACUCCUCCAAGGCCCGAUGUGUGGCAUCUCUUGCUACCACCUCUCGAUGCAGGAAAGGUGAGCCGUGUGGGGAGCAAAGUUCACCCUGUCCGGCCCGAGCACUGAACCCAACUGGAUCACUUAGUCUCUUCCUGAGGUGGGCGGGCACAAACUGCUCCUCCCUUCGGUUACCUUUGGCCUCGAUUUGGCACAAAGAAGGACAACGGCCGCCCAUCAUAUGAACAUUUGAUUUCUCAAUAUAGCCAAAGGUCACCACUGAUGUCUUCCUUUCCUGUUCUUCUGAAUCUAAGACCUCACAGGUCCUGCGGCCGCAAGUGGGUGUAGAAGAUGGAGUAAGUCUCCCAAAAGACGACUGAGGUAAGUUGGUAAGCUCCCGUCUCUGAUAGGGAUACACAUCCGAUGAAGACGUGGGUGCUGUUGAGCAGCUAGGACCUGGACUGGUUCCUGCACACGUGAGCACUUGAAGCAAAUCUUCAAAACUGUUUGGUAACAUAUCUUCAUGGUGGACGUGAGCACAGGACUCCAUGGCGUCGGCGUGUUGACCCUGAGGGCUGACUGAGUGCCUCGAAGAUGAGUUAGAGGGAGACGAGCUGUGGCAUCCGUCCAGCAUUCUGCGCUGGGUGAGCGGGGAAAGGUCUGGACUCCGGUUGGGGCUGGAAUGGAUGGAGCUCCUUUGAGAGUGAGGGAGAACAUCUGGGCACUGAAGGAUCAGGUGAUUGCUUCCAUCAUUUCCAAUUCCAUGAGUCCUCCCAUCUUCCUCAGGCACAGACCUCACUUCGACAUACAGGUGAAGGACUUUGCCUGCUUGGGACAUGUUGGCACCUUUGCCAACCAAAUUCCCCAAAAUAUCCUUAUUCUCAGGACUUUUGCUGAUGUUCCUACUGGUCUCCAGUGAAUUCCCGAGGGCUUGGAUGCAGGUCGGAGGUGCAACUGGAGCACCACGACUGUUUGCCUGGCAUUUCUUCAAUCUGCAGUGAAAAGCAGACACAAGAAAAGCAUCAACACAAAUGAUGACAUAACAAAGAUGGAUGCCUUGAUUGGCCGCAAAACCAAAACAGACAAGACUUCAAAGCUUUCACUGAUCAAAGGUAAGACACAAACUCUAAAGACAGCAAAGUCAAGGGCUUCUAAACUUGCGUUCUUGGGUUCUACUCGUCAAUCAGUCAAUCACUGUGUGAUCACUUUGGAGGCUGGAGUGCUUCAAGUGGACAUGCCAGAAAUGGUGGCGUCAUUAUCAACACGAUCCCAAUCCUCUCCAUUGAGUUUGAAACUGCUGUUCCUAGAUUGUGAUGAAAGUCGUUUCAGUGUUGGUGGGUCCUGGAGGCCACGCCCCCAGCAGUGAGUCUAUACUCCGGCCAGAGGGAAGCAGGUGAGCUCACACGGGUCCUGGCUCGUAUCCGCACGAUGAUGCUGACAGAGUUGGAUUUUGAAAGACACUUGGACCAGCGUGGAGCUGUCUCCUGGAUGAAGAACAACUGGGGCGCAGCAUUCGUACUCAGCGCCGUGUACGCCGCCCUGGUGUUUGGAGGGCAGCACUACAUGAGGUUCCGCCCGAAGAUGAACCUGAGGGGACCGUUGGCUGUGUGGUCACUUGCCCUAGCCCUCUUCAGCAUCAUGGGUGCCAUUCGGACGGGUUCCGUUAUGCUUCACAUCCUGAGCAGCGGUGGAUUCCGGCGUUCCGUGUGUGACCAGAUCUUCUAUAACGGACCCGUGACCAAGUUCUGGGCUUACGCCUUCAUGCUGAGCAAGGUGCCCGAGCUGGGUGACACGUUCUUCAUUGUGCUGAGAAAGCAGCGCCUCCUCUUCCUGCACUGGUACCAUCACAUCACGGUGCUGCUCUACUCCUGGUACUCCUACAAAGACAUGGUGGCGGGCGGCGGCUGGUUCAUGACCAUCAACUACACGGUGCACGCGCUCAUGUACAGUUACUAUGCCGCACGUGCCGCCGGUUUGCGUGUGCCUCGCGUUGUGGCCGUGGUGGUCACGUGCGCUCAGUUGGCGCAGAUGGUAGCGGGCCUCGCGGUGAUUGGGCUGGUGUACCGCUGGAUGCAAAAUGGCGACUGCCCCUCCCACCUGGUCAACAUCGCUUGUGGGGCACUCAUGUACCUCAGCUACCUGCUGCUCUUCUCCCACUUCUUCUAUCGCUCAUACCUUCAGCCUCGCAGGUGCGGCAAGGCCGAGUAGGCGGUGCUGAAGGCAUGGAUUGGUGAAAACGACAAAGCAUCCUGGGACAUGAGUAAUGUUAGUCACUUCCUGUCAUUUCUUGUCUUUUACAUUCACUUCCUGUGUGUUUCAUAGAAGAACUUUUAUUUUGGACCACACCAUAAAUCAACCAAAUGUUGCAACAUAUCGAUUAGCUUAGCAUGCUUAACUCAGAGACAACGUUAGCAACAUUUAUAGUCGGUGCGUCAUGUUAGCGCAUAUUUUCCCAGACGAUAGGGGGCGGUGUAGUACAUCUACAGCAUGUGUACAACAAUAUACUAGAUUAGAAGUAGAAAGCGUUUGAGCUUCAAACUUCUUCUCAGUGUUUGAUAAAGGAUGAUAGCCAACCCGUCUCUUUAAGAAUUGGUGGUGCAUUCAUGCUCCUCCUGGAUCUUUCCCUUUAGCGUCCUUCCUUGCCUUCACAUAUCGGUCGCUUAAAUUUCUCCAACUUUCUUUUACUGCCUCCUCGUAUCUUCCAAGCAGCGAUUUCUCUCCAAUAAUUAUUGACAAUCUGUUGAUAUCGGAGAUCUUUAUGAGCCCAAUCAUUAAGAUGUCUGUAUUUUCCAACCUUGCUCAUCCACAAAGUUGGAAGAUUUCCAAGGUGCAUGGAGGGGCGUGGUUGCAAAAGUUGCAAAAGUGACCUAACUUGGCGAAUACGUGAAGCAUAAUCCCAGCUUCUCCCUUUGUUCACUGGAGACCAAGGAAGCUAACCAGCUAAAUAGUCAGUGGGAGUUGUGGUUGCUCACUGGCUUGUCUCAAACGCUGCCCCCGAUGCUUUGCCAGAGAAUUGCACGCCUCAACAGAUGAAAGACGGCACUGGAGGGGUCGGUGUGGGGGCGGGGUUAUAUUGGAGGGGUUGGCGUUGGAAGGAACGGCAAGUGAUGACGCAGAAGCAUAAACCAGGUUUAGGGCCCGUGGCAGACAGAAGUAGAACAUAGUAGCAGUAGUAGUAGCAGUAGUAUUAGUAGUAGUAGUGAUGAUUGACAGGGGUACCCCAUUUCACAGAGCCCCAGAUCGUUGGGGGCAGUCAAACUAACUCUAUGAAUUGUCCUCCAGUGACUUUACUGAUCAUUUAAUGCCCCUGCUGUUUGCCUGCCAUGUUGCCAUGGGAACACGAUGCCUCCUGUUUUCAAAAGACAAAUGAUGGCUCCGUGCUGGAUAUGUCUUCAAGAGUUUCUUCUGAUUGUUUGUGACUUUGUGUGAUGAGCAGGUUCAUUAAUGAUCAAUGAUACAACAUUGCUUUGUUCGGGUUUCAUGUGUACACAGCAAAUGUCAAUCAAUCAAUCAAUCAAUGUACAUGUCAGGGUUGCACCUGGCCCAUGUCCUUCCAGCUCUUCCAUACCAGCAGGUCUCGACUCUUCGCUAUGGCAACCAGGCAGCGAGGUAACCUGAGGCCGUUAAACUGGCCGACGCCGUCGUCCCGUCCCAUGGCCAGCAGCAUGGUCACGUUGCCUAGCAACAGAGACCAAUCAGACCAAGUGACGCCACACAAUGGAGAGAGGCGGCAUUUACCUGUGCGGUACGAGGUCAGCGGCUUCCCGCUCACACUUUUGAUGAUGUUGUCGACUGCGACGCCAGCGUGCAGCCCGGCCAGGUACGCCGUUUUGGGUUCUGGCACGUCGGUGCAGUCACCCACGGCGUAAAUGUUGGAGAAGGCUUCCACCUGCAGAUGCUGGUUGACCCUCAGAGCGCCAUUUUGUGCCAAACUUCCAGCUGGGGUCAAGACAAGAGAAGACAAGUUUCCUGGGAGUCCAGUGUGCUGUGUGGUGUGCUGCUUUGGACUCACCGAAGUUGGACACGUAGGCGGCUGAGUUGACCUUCAGUCCGCUGCAGUUGAUGAUCAGGUCCGUGGUCAGUAUGGUUCCGUUCUCCGUGGUGACCUCCAUGUUCUUCUGAGUCACAUUUAAAGUCAGGCUGGAGAGGUUGGACACUUUCUGACCCAGCAGGAGCUCCACUCCUUUUUCCAGAAGAACCUCCUUGGCCUGGCGCCGCACGCUGGUCAGGAGGUCCGGGUCAGCUAGGCCGACUCGGGCGUGGACCAGAACCACCUGAUGAAACCACUAAUGUUAUAUCAGAUGCCUUUUUGCAAAGUGGUGACUUUCGAGAUAAAGAAGUCGGCUGAGUCUGCCCUCACCUUCUUUUGUGGAUAUUCUGUCUUGAUCUCAGCCGCCAUCUCCACGCCGGUCGAGCCUCCGCCCACCA